AGAGAGAGCGAGUGGGGCAGAGCGAGCGAGCAAGCGAGAGAGACGGAGAGUUAGACAGAAACAGAGAGGGAGCGAGGAAAAGAGACAGACAGACAGCUGGACAAUCUGCAUCUCACAGCCUCAGUCUCCCCCACCUCCCUCUCUUUCUCCCCCUCUCCCUCUCUCUCCCCCUCUCUCUCUCUCUCUCUCUCUCUCUCUCUCUCGGGCUGGUUCUCCCCCGUCUCUCCAUCGGAGUGGUCCAUUUGUUCCAGUUGAAGCGAUGUGGCCGUGGAGCGGGGGCUGAGCUGGUGGUGGUGGUGGCUGGCUGGUCGAGCUGGGUGGGAUUAGCUCCCGCCGGCUUCAUCAAACUAGCCCUUCCUCAUCCUCAGCCUUCUCCUCUUAUUUCCGGAAUCCGUUUUUUUUUUCUUUUUUUCCUUUUUUUUUUUUCUUCUUCCCAGAAGCAGGUCGGUAACUAAAGCUCUGCUUCGUUCCGGAUCCUCGUCCACUGCUCUCUCUCCCCGCUGCUCUCUCCGCUCCUCUCUCCUCCUCUGGUCGUCUCCGCUCCUCUCCUCUCCUCUCCCCUCUCUCCUCUCUGCUCCGCUCCCUCUCCUCGCUCCUCUCCUCUCCUCUCCUCGCUCCUCUCCUCUCCUCUCCUCUCCUCUCCUCUCCUCUCCUCUCCUCUCCUCUCCUCUCCUCUCCUCUCCUCUCCUCUCCUCUCCUCUCCUCUCCUCGUUUCUCUCCUCUCCGGCUGGCAAGAUGUGGUCCACGCUGUUGCUCCUUCUCCUCGCUUUGAUCCACGUGUCGGUGCAGGGGCCCCACCAGAGGCACCUCCUGAAGAACCUGCUGAAGGACUACAACCGCAUGGAGAGGCCGGUGGGCAACGACUCCCACUCGCUGACGGUGGUCUUCAGCCUCAGCCUGAUCCAGAUCAUGGACGUGGAUGAGAAGAACCAGGUGCUGACGACCAACAUCUGGCUGAGGAUGGGCUGGUUCGACCAUUAUCUCCAGUGGAACCAAACCGAAUACCCUGGGGUGAAAAACCUCCGCUUCACCACCGACCAGGUGUGGACACCUGAUAUCCUGCUGUACAACAGUGCAGAUGAUGACUUUGACUCUACCUUUAAGACCAACGUCCUGGUCAACUCCAGUGGCUACGCCGAGUACCUCCCACCGGGAAUCUUCAUGAGCACGUGCAACGUGGACGUGCGCUGGUUUCCGUUUUUUGACAUGCAGAAGUGCGAGCUCAAGUUCGGCUCGUGGACGUACGACGGCUGGCUGCUGGACCUCCAGAUGAACGAGGCCGACAUCUCAGGCUACAUGCCCAACGGAGAGUGGGACCUCGUGGGGGUACCGGGCACCCGCAGCGAGGCCUUCUACGACUGCUGCAAGGAGCCCUACCCGGACGUCACCUUCGUGGUGACCAUGCGGCGGCGGACCCUGUACUACGCCCUCAACCUGCUGAUCCCCUGCGUGCUGCUGUCCUCCAUGACCCUGCUGGUCUUCGUGCUGCCCGCCGACUCCGGAGAGAAGAUCUCCCUGGGUAUCACUGUUUUGCUGUCUCUAACGGUCUUCAUGUUGCUCGUGGCAGAGAUCAUGCCGGCCACAUCCGACUCGAUUCCUCUAAUAGGGCAGUACUUUGCGAGCAUCAUGAUCAUCGUUGGGGCGUCGGUCGUGGCCACGGUGGUGGUGCUGCAGUACCACCACCACGACCCCAACGGAGGCACCAUGCCUAAAUGGAUGCAGCUGGUGCUGCUGCAGUGGGUGGCGUGGUUCCUGCGGAUGAAGCGCCCGGGCGAGAGCGAGGACCCCGAGAGGCCCCCCUGCGCCCCCCACCUGCGGCGCUGCUCCUCGGGCUCCCAGACCAACAGCCUGCCCAACGCCCCGGAGCCCGCCCUCCACCCGCUGCACCCGGGCAGCCUGGCGCCGCUCCAGACGGGCUCCCUGCACGCCGGCGGCGGCCACCACCCCCACCUGCAGCACCCCCACCUGCAGCACCUGCACCACGCCCAGUCCAGCGCCAACAACAACGGCGGCCUGCUGUACAUGGGCUUCCAGAGCCUGGACGACGCCUCGCUGCUGGCCGACGCCGUGCAGCGGAGCAACAGCAUCGCCUGUGGCGGCGGCGGCGGCGGCGGCUCAGGCCUCUCCGCCUCCUCGGUGGCGGGCAGCCUGCGGGCGGUGGCGGGCGGGGCCAGCCCGCCACCGCACUCCCAGGCCCAGUUCUGCGUCUCCCCGCCGCUCCCGCCCACGGCCGGCUCGACCCACGGCGACACGCUGGGCUGUCCCAGCACCGUCUCCAGCGGCGGGGGCUUCGGGGGCGCGGGGGGCUGCCCGGCGCUGGGCGUGGGGGGCAUGGGGGACCCCCAGCUGCAGGCGCUGCUGGAGGAGGUGCGCUACCUGGCGGACCGCUUCCGGGAGCAGGACGAGGCGGCGGGCACGGCCGACCAGUGGAAGUUUGCGGGCGCGGUGAUCGACCGGCUGUGCCUGGUGGCGUUCAGCGUGUUCAACAUCAUCUGCACCAUCUCCAUCCUCAUGUCGGCGCCCAACUUUGUGGAGGCCAUCUCGAAGGACUUCAUCUGAGGCCAGGACCCGGGAGGGUCACGAAAAAGAAGUGCAAACACAGGAAGAACCGAAACAGAAGGGCAGGGAAAGGAGAGCCGGGGUGGACGAGGAGGAAGGGGGACGGCGAGCCUUGUGUUACGGACGAGAUGUCCGUAGGAGAUGUAGACCGCUUUUUAACGGACGGGGGG